AUGAAUAAACUACGGCAAAGUUUCAGGAGAAAGAAAGAUGUUUAUGUUCCAGAGGCCAGUCGUCCACAUCAGUGGCAGACAGAUGAAGAAGGAGUUCGUACUGGAAAAUGCAGCUUCCCAGUCAAGUACCUUGGGCACGUAGAAGUUGAUGAAUCAAGAGGAAUGCACAUCUGUGAAGAUGCUGUAAAAAGAUUGAAAGCUGAAAGGAAGUUCUUCAAAGGCUUCUUUGGAAAAACUGGAAAGAAAGCAGUUAAGGCAGUCCUGUGGGUAUCAGCAGACGGACUCAGAGUUGUGGAUGAAAAAACUAAGGACCUCAUAGUUGACCAGACAAUAGAAAAAGUUUCUUUCUGUGCCCCAGAUAGGAACUUUGAUAGGGCCUUCUCUUACAUAUGUCGUGAUGGCACAACUCGGCGCUGGAUCUGUCACUGCUUCAUGGCCGUCAAGGACACGGGUGAAAGACUGAGCCAUGCUGUAGGCUGUGCCUUUGCCGCCUGUUUAGAACGUAAGCAGAAGCGGGAGAAGGAAUGUGGAGUGACUGCUACUUUUGAUGCCAGUCGGACCACUUUCACGAGAGAAGGAUCAUUCCGUGUCACCACAGCCACCGAGCAAGCAGAAAGAGAGGAGAUUAUGAAACAAAUCCAGGAUGCCAAGAAAGCUGAUACAGAUAAGACAGCUGUUGGUUCAGUGGCCCCUGGCAACACUGCCACCUCCCCAUCCCCUCCCACCUCUCCCCCUCUGGAUGCCACUGCCUCUCUGGAGAUGAACAAUCCUCAUGCCAUCCCACGCCGGCACGCACCAAUUGAACAGCUUGCUCGCCAAGGCUCUUUCCGAGGAUUUCCUGCUCUUAGCCAGAAGAUGUCACCCUUUAAACGCCAACUGUCCCUGCGCAUCAACGAGUUGCCUUCCACUAUGCAGAGGAAGACUGAUUUCCCCAUAAAACACACAGUGCCAGAGGUAGAAGGCGAAGCAGAGAGUAUCAGCUCCCUGUGUUCACAGAUCACCAAUGCCUUCAGCACACCCUGCGAGGAUCCCUUCUCAUCCGCCCCAAUGACCAAACCAGUGACGGUGGUGGCACCACAGUCUCCUGCCUUUCAAGCUAAUGGCACUGACUCAGCCCUCCAUGUGCUUGCUGCUGAGCCAGCCCCUACUGCUCUAGCACCCGUAGCAAUGCCUGUGCGUGAGACCAACCCUUGGGCCUAUGCCCCUGAUGCUGCUAACAAGGGAAUUGCAACCACACAUUCGGGGACCGAGUGGGGUCAGUCUUCUGGUGCUGUAUCUCCAGGUCUCUUCCAGGCUGGUCACAGACGCACUCCCUCCGAGGCCGACCGCUGGUUGGAGGAGGUGUCCAAGAGCGUCCGGGCUCAGCAGCCCCAGGCUUCAGCUGCCCCUCUGCAGCCGGUCCUCCAGCCGCCGCCACCCACUGCCAUCUCCCAGCCAGUGCCACCUUUCCAAGGAAAUGCAUUCCUCACCUCUCAGCCCAUGCCAGUGGGUGUGGUCCCACCCCUGCAGCCAGCCUUUGUCCCUACCCAGUCCUAUCCUGUGGCUAACGGGAUGACCUAUCCAGCCCCUAACGUGCCUGUGGUGGGCAUCACUCCCUCCCAGAUGGUCGCCAACGUGUUUGGCACCGCAGGCCACCCACAGGCUGCCCAGCCCCAUCAGUCUCCCAGCCUGGUCAAGCAGCAGACAUUCCCACAGUGCGAGACAAGCAGUGCUACUGCCAGUCCCUUCUUUAAGCCUCCUGCUCAGCACCUCAACGGUUCUGCAGCUCUCAAUGGUGUAGACGACGGCAGGCUGGCCUCAGGAGACAAGCAGACCGAGGCUCCUGCAGGCACCUGCACAGUGGAUCCCUUCGAGGCCCAGUGGGCGGCCUUGGAAAGCAAGUCCAAGCAGCGUACUAACCCGUCCCCCACCAACCCUUUCUCCAGUGAUUUACAGAAGACUUUUGAAAUUGAACUUUAA